AUGAGCUCCAAUUUAUCAUGGAAGCCCACAAUGGAAUGUCAGCAGUUAUUGUUGAAGAAGCUGGCUUCAAAGGAAUCUGGGGUAGUGGCCUUUCAAUUUCUGCUCAAUUGGGUGUUCGUGACUGUAAUGAAGCUUCCUGGACUCAAGUCCUUGAUGUCCUCGAAUUCAUGUCAGACAGAACUUCAAUCCCAAUUUUGCUUGACGGAGAUACUGGAUAUGGCAACUUCAACAACGCCAGAAGACUCGUCAAAAAGCUCGAGCAGCGUGGAAUUGCAGGCGUCUGCCUUGAAGAUAAGCUCUUCCCUAAGACAAAUUCAUUAUUAG